CAGGGAGGAGCCUCACUGGGAGAAAUACGCGCCUCUCUGAAACUUUCCACACUCAUAGUUCCCCUCCUGUCUCGUUCCUCUCCCGCUGAGAUGUCGACACCCGGGGGGUCUCUGCCCUGCGACGGGAUGUACUCCAAACUGAUAGACGACGAAGCCUCUUACGACGAGCUCAACCGCAGGCCAGAUGUUGGACACAGCGGUCACCCAGUCUCCCAUGUCAGAGUAAUACCCAGGCCGAGUGGCCCCAGGUUGUACCGCCUCGCCACCAUCUGCCUGGCUACACUCUGUGCCGUCCUGCUGAUCUCCGUCAUAGCCGUCUCUGCACACUAUAAAAACAAAUCUCAGGGCGGGGCUGAGGCCACCGCAGAGGCACAGAAGCAGACGCAGGACUUUAACGCGUCAGCUCUGACCAUCACCAUCAGCAAACUGCAGAAAGAGAGGGAGGAGCUGCAGAAAGAGAGGGAUGAGCUGCAGAAACAGAGGGAUGAGCUGCAGAAACAGAGGGAUGAGCUGCAGGCCAAACUUGAUGCUAAGCCGACUGCAAAAGCUCCUGACGUGGUCAGGCCGACAACAAAGGCUCCGAUCAUCUGCCCGCCGGACUGGCUGCUGUUCAACAACAGCUGUUACUCCAUCUCCAGAAACACGAGGAGCUGGCCAGAGAGCAAGUCGUUCUGUGAGAGCAAAGGAGCCUACCUGGCCAUCAUCCACACCGCUGAGGAGCAGACUUUUCUGUGGGAUCUUCUACCCAGAGGUCACUGGAACUCAUUCUGGUUUGGGAUCACUGACGGGGACACGGAGGAUCAUUGGAAAUGGGUGGAUGGCAGCAGUCUGGUUGGAGG